AUGGCGCCUGGAACAACUACUAAACUUGACGAUGCUAGCAAUCAAUUUGACGAGGUUUCAUCCUUUUCCUCAAUCGAUUCCUAUCAACCCCAACCCUUUACUGGGCAAGAAGAAUUACCACAAGAGAAGAAUCCUGAUUCCAGCUCUCGAAGAAGCAGCAAGAGUGGUACCACUUUAAACCAUCAAGAUUCCAAUACUAUUGAAAAAGAAGUUACACAUAAUGCUAUGAAUGGUACCUCAGAGACUGCCAAGUCGUUACAGCAAGCCGGCUUAGAUACAGAAAAAAAAGCCAUACCUGACAUAAAUGGCCCAAUAACAGGCAACGCUGACACUUCACAAUUUCCAGAAGAGUAUAGAAUAGAAACGCAGACUGGGUUGGUGAAAUUGAAGACACUGAACGAUCUUAGCCGGAGCGAUACCAGAGUAUCCAUUGGAAGUGAUGGCAAGAUUUCAAGAAAGAGCAGCGGACCAGGAACAAUAGACAGUAAAAUUGAGCCAAAACCGGAUACAGCGAAAGCAGAGCAGGAAGCUGCUCAAAACGCUGAGAAUUUAGAGCAUGCCAUUGAAAAGAACAAGCACAGAAUCGAAAAAUUCGAAAAGCAUAGGCAUGAAAAAGGACUCAAGGGAUUCGUCCAUAGAUUAUUCGAUUGA